AUGAGGUUAGGAAAACAGACUCCUAGAGAUAUUAUUUCAGUGUUUUUGCGACCAACAGAAGAGCUUUCAUCAUUUUUUGAAGUGGAUGCGUUUAUUAAAGAAAAAAACUGUUUAAUUAAGCAAUUAUAUGUAGCUGUGAUCAAGCAUGGAAGAGAUAACUUUAAUAAUUACAAAGAAUCGGCGUUGUUCUUAAUUUGUUUUAAAAAGUCGAUAUUUAUAUUAAAAGUUAUAAAGAUUAUGAAAGACUUGGAAGUAAAAAUUGAGCAAAAAAAUGAAAAAAAUAAGGGAUUUUCAGUUAAAGUAAGGCUGAACGAUGAUACUGUUUCUUUUGUAUUUUCAAAAUUGAUUUUUUUGCAUGAAUUUAUGAGAAAUAUUCGUCAACAUAAAGAAAUGUUGGAUAUGAAAAAGUCAUAUUUUGUAAAUCAGAAUUAUGCUUGGCUUUCAUUUUAUAAAACUUGUUUAUCAUAUGAUGAGAUUUUGUCUCAGUAUGGUGAUAAUUUUUUUGAGUCAUUGAACAGUAAGUAUAUCUUUGAUGAUUCUUCAUUGACUGAAUCUGAUAUACCUUAUUUUUCAGAAAAAAUUCAUUCGUAUAUUCAUAAGACAAAUGAGUAUAUAGGUCGCUUAAAUACUGGUAUGGAUGAUUGGAUGAAACAAAAACUUGGCAUGCAUAAAUCUCUUUUUAUUGAGUCUCGAAAUUUAAGAGUAAAAGUUUGUAGUUGGAAUGUCAAUGGAAAAGAGCCUACAGAAGAUAUUUCUGAGUGGUUGUUAUAUAAAAGUGAUGAUAAUCGUGUAGAUUUAUAUGUGAUAGGUCUUCAAGAAGCUGAUCUUAGAACUGAAGCGUAUUUACGCAAUGGUAUUAAAGAACAGAUUUGGAAUUAUACUAUUUUAUCUGUGUUAGGUGAUCAUUAUGAAAAGGUUGUUUCCAAACAACUUGUAGGGAUUUUACUUUUGAUAUACGCUCAUAAAGCUAUUUCUCCGUCAUUGACUUCAAUAACUGCAUCUUUUAUUGGUUGUGGAGUAAUGGGAAUAAUUGGAAAUAAAGGUGCAGUAGCUGUUCGUCUGAUGAUUUGGGAUACUGUCUUUUGUUUUGUUAAUUCUCAUUUGGCUGCAAUGAUAUCUCAAGUUGGACGUAGAAAUCAGAAUUUUCAUGAAAUUUGUCGGAGGUUAUAUUUUUAUGAAGAUCAGUCUCUUAAGAAUAAAACAUCGAAAUCUCUUUUUGACUGUGAUCAUCUUAUUUGGUGUGGCGAUUUGAAUUAUCGUAUUGAGAUGUCUAUUUUUGACGUAAAGGAGCUUUCUAAAAAGAAAGAGUUUGAUCUGUUACUUGAAUUUGAUCAACUUAAUGUUCAAAAGCGUUUGAAUCGCUGUUUUGAAAAUUUUAUUGAAGCAGAAAUUAACUUUCCUCCGACUUUUAAAUAUAAAGCAGGAACUAGUGAAUUUGAUUCAAGUGAAAAAAAGCGUGUUCCAUCUUGGACAGAUCGUAUAUUAUGGAAAAGCAAAGGGAUUGCAGUUAAGAAUUACAGGUCUUAUAUGAAUAAUGUUAUGAGUGAUCAUAAACCUAUUAGUUUAGAGUUAGAUGCUAAGAUUGAAAUAUUGCUUGUGAAUGAUUACUUAAAAUUGAGAGAUUCGCUAAUAAAAGAGUAUAAAAGUUCUGAGAAUAAAAUGAUACCAAUGAUUAAUGUAUCGGUUAAUCAUUUUGAUUUUGAAAAUGUUUCUUAUCUUCAGCCUAAAACAAAGGUUUUUAGGAUUGAUAAUAUUGGUCAAGUAACUGUAGAUUUUGAGUUUAUUCCAAGGAAAAAAGAUAUGUAUAUUUGUAAGCCAUGGAUAUGGCCAUGUCCAUUUUCUGGUUCAAUUGAUCCUGGUGACUAUCAGUAUAUUAAUUUAGCUGUAUAUGUAGACAAUACAACUGUUUCAAAACUUAAUUCUGGAGAAGAUUCUUUGGAUGAUAUUUUGAUUCUUCAUUUGAAAAAUGGGGGAGAUUUUUUUAUAUCAAUUGAAGGCAUAUUUCUUCCAACACGUUUUGGAAUGAGUUUGGAACAACUUUCAAGAUCAGAUUCUAAAAUUUUAUCUGAUACGAAUGAAUCGGUGGACUAUCUUUGGAGUAUUCCAAAAGAAAUAAUGAGAAUGACAGAAUAUCUUAUAAGUGAAGGAAAAAACAUUGACAAUUUGUUUUUUGUUCCUGGUUCUGCUUCAAUUAUGAUUCAUAUUAGGGAAGCGCUUGAUACAGGAAAUGAAUUUGACUUAACCAUUCUUGAGAACAAUGAAUCAAAUGAUAAUAUUGGUCUUUUUUCUAUGGCUGAAACAUUGCUAAUGUUUUUGGACUCUCUUCCAGACUCUGUGAUUCCAUCUUCUUUUUACUAUCGAUGUUUAGAUGCAUCUAUUUCUAAAGAAGAUUCAAUAAUUAUACUUGAUGCUUUACCGAGCUUUAAUGCAAAUUUAUUUAUAUAUCUUACAGAUUUUAUACGUGAGCUUUUUUACGAUUCACCUAUAGAUACUUUUGAUAGAAUAGUCAAUCUUUUUUCUUCAAUUCUUAUGCGAUCUCCUUUACCUAAAACCGAACAUCAUUUACAAAAACAGGCUAUUUUUUUUGAAUGGUUUAUAAAUGAUCCAUAUUCUAAUUUUUCUAUUUAA